AUGACGUUUUUAUGUUUAGAAACUAGGCAAGUAUCUCAGCGUCAAAUCUGGCGUCCAAAAAAAAAAGAAUCUAAAAUCAACUCAAGGCUCACCCUGCUGCACACAGUAUCAAGGCAAUCCAGCAACACGAAGAACAAUUUCAAGAAGAACCGCUGGAAAGAAAAGACUAUGAAGACGAUGGCAAAGAGCAUACAGUCACCUCAAGACUUCCUUCGUUAUCAUUCCACCAGACCCAUUUCAUCGGCCGGAAAUGGGCCUACAUAA